AUUUUAAUUAGCUCGAGGAUUUAGUACGAGUUUGUUCCGACGCGCUUGUUCUUCUUCGCCAGAUCCGACCCGCUUCCUCUCUUCUCUCGUCUCGCUGCUUCGCCGGCGCAUCGUGACAAGAUCUCCGAUCACCUCGCCGCCGACGGCUUCUCUCUUUCCCCUCAGGUGAUGCGCCGGCGGGUCGCAUGCCGUCGGUAUCCUUCGUAUAGCCUUUGAUCGCCUCCUUGUUUGUUGAAUCUCCGGGCGCUGCUUUUAGAUUUGGAGAAUGGCGACGAGGAAUCGGACUCCGCUUUACAGGAAGUACCGCGACGCCCUUCGGAGUGUCCGGAUCCCAUCGGUGCCGUCUCCUUCUUCAUAUGCAUCCGCUUCAUCUUCUUCUAGAAAUGGGCCGGUGAUCGAGAUGGCUACCACUUCGUUGUUGCGCCCCAAUCGAUCGUAUACCCCUCUCAGCACCGAAGACCCGUCGAAUUCCAGAGGCACAGCUGUUGUCGGUUUGCCUCCGGCUUGGGUAGAUUUAUCUGAGGAAAUAUCAGGAAACAUUCAACUUGUCCGAACAAAAAUGUCAGAGUUAAUGAAGGCUCAUGCUAAGGCUUUGAUGCCUUCUUUUGGAGAUGGCAAAGAAGAUCAACAUGCUAUUGAGGUUCUUACUCAAGAGAUCACAGGCUUGUUGAAAAAAUCUGAGAAGCAAUUAAAAAGGUUUUCCACGAGUGGACCUUCCGAAGAUGUAAAUGUUCGAAAAAAUGUGCAGAUAUCACUUGCGACUAAUCUUCAAAAUCUCUCCAUGGAUCUCCGUAAGAAACAAUCUGCAUACCUAAAACGCCUUCAACAACAAAAGGAGGGUCCUGAUGGUGUUGAUUUGGAAAUGAACCUAAAUGGGAGCAGUUCUAGAUAUGAAGAUGAAGACUUUGGUGAUAUCGGAUUUGAUGAGCUUCAGAUGUCCAAGCUGAAAAAAAGUGAAGCUUUCACUAGAGAAAGGGAGAGAGAGAUUGCUCAGGUUGUAGAAUCAGUUAAUGAGCUUGCUCAAAUUAUGAAGGAUUUAUCAGUUCUUGUAAUAGACCAGGGAACUAUCAUAGACCGGAUCGAUUAUAAUAUUCAGAAUGUCGCAGCCUCUGUUGAAGAAGGUUAUAAGCAGUUACAAAGGGCAGAGCGAACCCAACGGAAAGGAGGGAUGGUGAUGUGCGCUACCGUUCUUGUGAUCAUGUGCUUUGUCAUGCUGGUCCUUUUGGUUCUCAAGACAAUAUUGUUUUGAUUCAGAAGUACAGCGGUGCCCAUCCAUGACCAUGUUUUUAGUAAAGAUCUUCCUCUGAUGGCUUCCCCGGAAUACUGUACAUGUGCAUGCCCACAAUGUUAAAGACUUCUGGAGCUCGCCAACAUGUCACCGCAUCCGAAUCAAGAUGUGUAGUUAACAGUUAAAGUGAAGGAUACAGCAUUGCUUGGUGCACAUCUUCCAUGAAGGAUUGCAGCUUGCAAGAUAACUACUGUCUGGAACUUGCAAAAGUUUUUUGUAAUCAUUUGUUUUACCAUAAUAGCCAAUUUGUUUCUAUAGUUUUCCAAAUAAAAUACAUCAUUUAAUAUACUCUACAUUAUGUUGUCAGACAGUUCAUUGAGGAUA